GAGGAUGGAGGAUGAAGAAGGAUACAUGACAAUAGACAGAGGAAGCAGAGACACCUAUGCGCCACCUGUUCCCCCAAAGCCACAAGAAACUCCUUCGAAAUGCUGCAAAGUCACGCUGAGGGUCUUACUGGCAGUCAGCAUCGCUCUGAAUGUGGCCCUGAUCAUUGUUCUUAUAGUUUUCCAGGUAAGAAACGCAGAAGGCGGUUCCUGCUCGCCGAGUUCCCCCAAUUCAUGCACUGCGCUUCCAGGAAAUCCAACAGCCCGUGUGACUCUGGAUCCAGACACGGCCCACCGGCGGCUGGUGGUAUCCAAGGAUGAGAAAAGUGUGCGAUGGGGAGAGGUGGAACAGACCCUUCCCAACAACACCAAGAGAUUUACCCAGCACGUUUGUGUGCUGGGCAGGGAGAAAUUCGCUUCAGGCAAACACUGCUGGGAGGUUGGCGUGAAGGGCAAGGGAGAAUGGGCAGUGGGGGUGGCCAAGGAGUCUGUGAAGAGAGAGGGGCUGACAGACUUCAGCCCGGCUGCAGGCAUCUGGGGGAUAGGAGAAUACGAGGGACUUGGGAACUACAUAGCUUUCACCACUCCUCACACAAGGCUCUCCUUUCCCAAGAGGCCACAGUGGAUCCGCGUGUUUUUGGACUACACUGCAGGGCAGGUGGAUUUUUUCGAUCCAGAAACCCAGACCACAAUCUACACGUUCAGUUCAGCCGCUUUUGGUGGGGAAAAGGUUCUCCCUUGGUUUCGUGUGUGGGAUGGAACUGAACUUAUUGUGCGUCCCUGAGACACUGGACUCCGCCUCUGGAGCAGUCUAGGCUCUGUGACCCUGGAAAACCUGACUGAUGUCUCUCCAUAGCACCUUCCUGUGUUUUUACAUAGUUUUUGUCUUUAAAUGGUUUGAUUUCAGUUGCAUUGUUUUAACGUUUUGAUGCUUGCGAUCCUGGGGUCCUUUGGAAGGAAAGGUGUACAGUGGUACCUCAGGUUAAGAACUUAAUUCGUUCUGGAGAUCCGUUCUUAACCUGAAACUGUUCUUAACUGGAGGUACCACUUUAGCUAAUGAGGCCUCCCGCCGCCACCAUGCAAUUUCUGUUCUCAUCCUGAGGUAAAGUUCUUAACCUGAGGUACUAUUUCUGGGUUAGCAGAGUCUGUAACCUGAAGUGUCUGUAACCUGAGGUACCACUGUAUUACAAAUGUAAUGAACAAUAAGUAAGUCAAUCCUCUCAAAUUAUAGAGGCCUAGACUGAGGGGGAGGUUCCUAUAUAGUUAUAUCUCUAUAAUUGCAAGCAAACUGGUUUUCUUUUUAAGGAAACCACGGCAGCGAGUAAGGGCGGAUCUACACUGAUCGGUUAAACGUUAUUGAAUAUAAUGUUAUAUACAAUUGUA